AUGUCCAACAGCGCCGAGAACCGUCUUCCACCUGGCUGGAUCCAGGCAUAUCACGAAGGCGCUGAUCAAUCGCAAUGCCGACCCGCCUUACAGCACUUGGGAAUCUCCCUCCCAAGCCACAUCCACCAAUUCCGCACGCGCACCGAGCCCUCCCCUAAUCAGGCCCGCCUCCCACUCGCCGAGUCCAGAGUUCACCGGUUCACCCCCGAGCAUCCUUCUUCCGAUCCGUCUCCCGCACAGUCUCCCGAGCCCGAAGACUUGAUCCCAGCUCCCCAGGCUGGUCCGGGACCCCAGCGCUUCUCUGCGCUUGAACUCCAGCAAAUAGUCGCAGUGACUACGGCCAACAACCCAUUCCUUGCGGAACAUGGUCGCAAGGCCAAGGCAUGGGCCAAGGUUGCGGCGGAGCUGCACUCGCAGCAUCUGUGCCUGAACUCAACUGCGGACAGCAUCAAGCACAAGGUCAAGAAAUUAAUUGAGUAUCACGAGAAUCCAAAUCCCCGCUCUGGUAUCGCUCGGGCUUUGGCCGAGCAUCCGUCUAUUGAAGCGCUUAUGCCCGCAAAGCUUGACCAGCCUACUGGCCUCCGAGACGGUGCUACUCAUGUUGAUGAAGGCAAACGUGCAAAGGCACGCAAGGAGGAGGAUGAGAAGACCGCUCAAGGGGCCUAUAUUCGGAACCUUGCAAUGCGCAGUAUGGGCAGCCGUGCAGGAGCCGAGGCCUCAUCAAGUGAGACAGAUGCACCAUCGAGCAAUGAUGAAUACAAGGAGAACCAGCGCCUCAAGAAGUGUAAACGUGAGGAGCCCGCAUUGUAUGUCCGUAGAUCUAAGAAGCAGCGGCUUGAUAAGACUCCAUCUGGUCAACUCCUCCAGGUCAUCAAGGAUGUUCGAGGGGAGGAACGACGGGAGCGUCAGCAGCGUGACGACCGUCUGAUCAACAUCUUUGAGAAGACCUGCGAGGCCCAGUGCAUAGCGCAAAGGGAACUUGUUGAGAUUCUUACAAGCAGCCUUAAGCAGAACGAGUAG